UUUCGGCAUAUGGCGAACAUGUUCCAGUUCCAACCGGUUUACAAGAUUGGGUGUUUUCUUCAGAAUUCGGACAGCUUUGUAAGAAGGCUGACGUACAGGUGAGAAUUGAGUGAAAUUGUGAUAAUAACAUAGGAAGUGACUUAUAAUCUUGUUUCAGAUAUUUGUUGAGUAAAUAAUAAGUAUAUUAAAUGGGCGCCGCCAUAUUUGGACGAUGUAAACAACGGAAGUAUUGGUAACUUUAAACUAAGCAACAGCCAUGUGUCAUGUGACCCCCACCCUCCCGCGACUAUUUGACACGAGGGUGUUCUUAUAAGUAAAAGUGAAAGGAGAAAAAGAGACAUUAAAUGAAAACCCCAAAAAAAAAAAAAGCAAAAUAUGUGAAGUAAGAAGAAUACAUAAGAAGUCGGAAAAAAAAUGUAUAACUAGCAAAAUCAUGAUUAAAAGCAACAACACAUUGGCCUAACCUAUUUGACACGAGGGUGUUCUUAAAAGUAAAAGUGAAAGAAGAAAAAGAGAAAUAAAAUGAAAACCCCAAAAAAAAAAAAAGCAAAAUAUGUGAAGUAAGAUGAAUACAUAAGAUGUCGGAAAAAACAUGUAUAACUCGCAGAAUCAUGAUUAAAAGCAACAACACAUUGGCCUAACCGUAACCCAUGCCAUAAUCUAAGUCUAAUGAUAUUCAAUCCACGCUGAUGAUAAAAUAAAAAUAGGUCUGUUUACCGUACGCUAACUCAACUAGUAGAGGCCUGGGCCUGUUAAUUUAUUAUUAUUAUAAUGCCUUGCAAUACUCUUUAGGCUUAGCCCAAUCUAAUAAGUCACAAUUUAAUAAGGGGCAAAAUAUAGUCCGUUAAACUAACUUAACUUUAAGAUUUUGAUAUGUAGUAAAUUAUUAGUUUAUAGUUAUAGUAAAUAUUAGUAGUCUUACCAAUUUACUAAUUAGUAAAUAAAAUAAGCCUUAAAUUAAAACGCCUUAAAUAAUAAGGGAAAGUUUACACAAUGACAAGCCCUAUGUUUUUACAACCAUGACCAUACUAUCAUUAUGGGGAUUGUGUUUAGUAGUAAAGUCUAUUUACUUACUGGACUUUUAACUUAUGAGCUGAAAUUUUUCGAAGCAUUUAUUAAUGUAAAAAUAUAAUAUUAAUUAAUAUAGGCAGUGUCUAAACGUCCGGCGCGCCAGACGUAUAUCUCCCGCACUAUUUGUCCGGAGUUAUUCGUCUAGCGACCAAGUCACAUGACUGCCGUGCCGUAACAAAGUGGCAAGAGAUAUUUUGUCCAUCAGCCUUGUCAAGUGACCGCGAAUGAUUCAAAUCUAUUGUUAAUUUUAAAAUCUAUUUCUCUACCAAGUAAUGUACUGAGUCUGAGUAUCUUGCAUGCAAAUAAUAGAGAAAAACUGAAAUGAAAGUGGCUUGUAAACAUUUUUGUUUAAUUUGUUGAGUCUUGAGUAAUCCAUAAAAUUUAUUAGGGGCCAGUAUUCAGUAUGGAGUAGGCAACCAAUAAAAGUAAAAGAUUUCAGUUUAAAUUGCUACAAAAUAUUUUAAAACUUCUCAUAAAACUACUGUUGCUGAUGAACAUGAUAAUAUAAAUAGAAAAUAAAAUAUUUUUAAUUAAAUGGAGAAAAAAACACAAUCCCAUACUGGGCAUUGACCCACAAACAUAAUAUCGUCAAGUGACCACUCUACCACGAGACCACACAAGAUCUUCUAUAAAGCCACUUUGUUCGGAAUAAUAAUGAAUACUAGUCAUCCGGCGGUCAUGUGACAUGCCCGCCGGACGUUUAUCACGCACACUAUUUGUCAGGCGCGCCGGACGUGUAGGCACUUCGAUUAAUAUAUGCACAGGUUUUUCCAAAUCAAUGCAUUCGUAGGUCACAGGUUUAUUACCUUAUUAUAUUAAACUUAUUUUAGCAGGCAAGUGUUUCCCAAUGUGCUGCUUAUUCCCUUAAGCCUUAAGGGAUCAAUUGAAUGUGGAGUUAUUUACUAUUUGAGUUUGUUGGGAGUUUUUGUUGUUGAAAAAGAGGGCUGGUGGCAUCAUACCAAGUGCUCAUGUUGGGAAACACUGCUGUCUGCAGGUCUAUUAUAUUAUUAACUAAUUAUAGCAAAAAAUAUUAUGUAUGAAGAGAAUCAGAAAAAUAAAAAUUCCUGUUUUGCAUGUUCUUCAUAGAUUCUUCUUAUGUUUCACAAAUGAGAAUGAAAAUGGCGACUUUAACAGAACAAGCUGAAAAGUUACUUGAUUUUACACAGAAAUUAGACAUUCAGUUACUAGAUAACAUUGUUUCAUGCAUGUACACAGCAGAUGGCCAACAGGUGAGUCUUUAUUUCAAAGAUAUAUUAAUAUUAAACUUAGCCUUAAGUUUUCCGUAACUAUUCACAAAACUAUAUUGUCUGGAUGAUACCUAUUACUAUUACUAUUAACUUGUUUUAAAAUGUUUUCCUAUACUAAAAAACAAACUGAUGCAUGGCAAUUAAAUUAUUUUCUUGAAAUAUCCUUUUAGCAACGGAUGGCCCAAGAGGUCUUGACAACACUUAAAGAACAUCCAGAUGCGUGGACAAGAGUGGAUACAAUUUUAGAAUUUUCAAACAACCAACAAACUAAAUAUUAUGCUUUACAAAUACUUGAAAAUGUCAUCAAGACAAGAUGGAAGGUUUUACCUCGUGCCCAGUGUGAAGGUAUAAAGCUAAAUUGUAAAAAAGUAUUUGGCAGAUUUGUUUUUCUUUUUAAAGUUAUUAUUUUAAUAAAUGUUCAUUAAUGUGUCAAUAUUAUCUGCUAGUGUUAAUAUUGUUGGAUAUAUUUCAGGUAUAAAGAAGUACAUUGUGGGAUUAAUAAUCAAAACUUCAUCUGAUGCACUCCUUUUGGAAAGAGAGAAAGUAUAUGUUGGAAAGUUGAACAUGAUUCUGGUCCAGGUAGCUAUAUGCUUUUUAAUUUAUCAAAAAUAGAGUUACCAUUCACUAUUGACAGUGUUAGUUUUUAAAGUGCUUUAUAUACUCAUUUUUAACUAUACUUUGCAUACACAUUAAUUAUGAGCCCCGUUUUUUAAUGUAAAGCAUUGAGUUUUACAUGAUGGGGUGCCAAAAUUUGAUGUAUCAAUAAUCUACCUUGAAUUUUUAAUCCAAUUCACAAGAUGUCAAAAUUUGUCCCAUUAAGGCACUUAUAAUAUUUAGUUACCAAUUAUUGUGGGUCUUCUGAUCACAGAUGCAUACUGCAUAUUUAAAACUAAUUUUCAAUACUACUCAGAUCCUAAAAUAUGAAUGGCCACGGAACUGGCCCACGUUCAUCAGUGACAUCAUUGGAGCUAGUAAAACUAACGAGUCUCUUUGUCAAAAUAAUAUGGCUAUACUCAAAUUGCUUAGGUAUGUUUAUAUUUUAAAUUAAAAGGUUUUUAAAAUUGUUGAUUUUUAUAUUUAUGAUUUAGUCCUCACUUACAUUACAGUUAUUUACAUAUGCAGUUUAUUUGCCCUUUAACAAAAAAUGCCUUAGAAUUUUUACUUACUACCCAUAAUGUGAUUGGAUGUGUAGAGUAAAUGAAAAAAAAUGUGGAGCUGUUUAAAAAAGUUAUUUUAUUGUCUUGUUGCUCUAAUAUUAAUUAUCUUUAGUAAAAUUUAUGUUGAAUAGUUGCGAAGCAUUAAAAAAAUUAAAUAAAAUCAGUGAUAUGGCUAUGAGACUGGAAAAAAAAUAUUUGUAUUUGGCUACUUUCUUCUCUUUUUUUUAUUUUUUAUUUUGGUUUACUUGAAUCUGGAAACUUUUUCAAAAAUUUCCAGUGAGGAAGUUUUUGACUUCUCAAGUGGCCAGAUGACACAAGCAAAGGCUAAGCACUUGAAGGAUACUAUGUGUAGUGAAUUUUCUCAAAUAUUUCAACUUUGUCAAUUUGUUAUGGUAAGCUUGAAAUGAUCAGUACAAUUGUUUUUUGUAAGUUAAAUAAGAGUUUAACAUUUUUUUUUUAAAAAGAAGACGGCACAAAAAAUUUAACUAUAUUUAUGUUGGAGCCACACUGCCACUAUUUAAUUAAAGAAAGAUUGGUUUUUAUGAUGGUUCUCUAUAUUUGUUUUGCGAGUAAAGAAAUUAUUUUUUUUAUUACGAGUGUGAAUGAAAAUUCAUUUGGUAUGUAAAAGUACUGACAGGUCAAUAUUUGAUGCCUUAAUAUUAAUUAAAACUGUUGUAUUUCUUUAUUCUUUUUCAGGAUAACAGCCAAAAUGCACCACUGGUUGGUGCAACACUUGAAACACUUUUAAGAUUUCUCAAUUGGAUACCUUUAGGCUACAUAUUUGAAACCAAACUGAUUACCACGCUAAUUUACAAGGUAAGUUAUUUUUUUAUAUAUAAUUUGAUGUCAUAUACUAUUUCUUUAAUUCAAGGGUUUGAGGUGUAUGCUCUGUUUAUUUUUUAAAAACAGAAAACUAAUUUUUUUAGUUUAAUCUUCUCUCUUUUUGAAAAAAUCUGGAAAUGUGUUAGUCAUUUUUAUCUGUUGUCUUCUGCAUUUCAGUUUCUCAAUGUUCCCAUGUUCAGAAAUAUAACAAUGAAAUGUUUAACAGAAAUAGGUGAGUUUCCUUCUUAGUGGUGAGACUUACUUUCAUAAAUAUCUGCAGAAUUUCUCCUUGAGUAAAUAGUUUAAUAAAAUCUUUUAAAUAAAUGAUGCAUUUAAUAUAAAUCAGCACGUGAAUAGUUUUAAAGAUAGUGGCAGGAGUGUUUUAACACAUUAAACUUUUUUUUUAAAUUGUAGCUGGUGUGCAAGCUUCACAGAGCUAUGAUGAACAGUUUCUGCAGCUUUUCACACUUGGAAUGAAUCAGUUAAAGCAGGUAAAUUUUCAAUUAAAAGCACUUAUUUCACCUAAGAUAUGUUAUUUAUUACCACUUUUAUAAUAUCUGUAUUUUACAUCAGCAUUUGUCAUAAAUUUUUGUCUUCUACCUUUGAAUAAUUUCUUUUAUCUCUUAUUUUAAAGAUGCUUCCGUUGGAGACAAAUAUAAAGGAAGCUUAUCAAGGUGGCACAGAUGAUGAACAGAACUUUAUUCAAAACCUCAGUUUAUUCUUGUGCACAUUCCUUAAAGAACAUGCUCAGCUCAUUGAAAAGAAACAAGAGUUAAAUAUAUUGCUAAUGGAGGUAUGUUUUCUUAGAAUUAUUUAACAUUCAUUUGUUUAUUUUAUCUGGUUGCUAUAUUUAAUUUCCAUUGUAACUUGUAGUAAGGUUCCAUUGUAACUUGUAGUAAAAGUAGGUAACAAUUUUAUAUUUCUAUCCUUCACAGGCCUUACACUACCUGAUCCUCAUUUCUCAUGUCGAAGAAGUUGAAAUUUUUAAAAUCUGCUUGGAAUACUGGAGUUCUCUUGCAUCUGAACUUUACAGAGAAAACCCAUUUUCGGAUUCAUCUUCAACACCACUCAUAUUUUCUCAGAUGCGUUCCCAAACCCAGGAAAUGCCAGUUCGCAGACAGCUUUAUAAUCCAGUUCUUUCAAAGGUGGCUCAUAAAAAAUGUUUUAACAUUUCAGUAUUCAGUGUAACUUCUCAUUCUAUAAUGUUUACUGGUAAAACAUUUAUGAUCAUAAGAAACAUGUACAUUUAGCUAAGAUUUCCUGUUGUUAUUAUUUAUAUUUAAUGUUUAAGAAUUAUUUUUUUUUAAUGUGUUAUGGUGGCGCUGUAAUCUCACCUUUGCAUAUAUCCAUUAUACAAUUUUAAUUCAAAAACAUUUGAGGGUUAUAAAAUCAGUUUUUUGAAUGGAGAAGUUUUUUGUACUGUUGCUUCCAGCACCUCAUGUUAUGAUUUGAGCUUAUUUUAAUUAUUAUUUAAAAAGAACUGAAAUACUUUCAGGUUCGUUUGGUUAUGAUAUCUCGAAUGGCUAAACCAGAAGAGGUACUUGUGGUUGAAAAUGAUCAAGGAGAGGUAGUAAGAGAAUUUAUGAAAGACACAGACUCUAUCAACUUGUAUAAAAAUAUGCGAGAAACCUUGGGUAAAUGUUUAUUAUAUAUUUUAUUAGUCUAAUGCAAUUCACAGCAAUGUAUAUUUUGCCAUUACUUUUAAGUUAUACACCAACAACCUAUUACCAUAUUUGCAGUGAAAAAGACACAAUAUUUAUGUGGAUGAACAGAGUAACUUUUAAUUUGAAACUAAUGUGAUAAAGUUAUCAUAUUUUAAAGAAUGUUAAUUUCACUUCAAUUGAAAUGUUUUUUCUGUUUUCAGUGUACCUUACUCAUUUGGAUUACACGGAUACUGAAAACAUAAUGACGGAGAAAUUACACAACCAAGUCAAUGGAACUGAGUGGUCAUGGAAAAAUUUAAAUACUGUAUGUUUAUCUUCACUCUAUAAGUUUUCUAGAAUAACAUUUGCUUUCAUUAGAAAAUGUUCUCAUUUUUAGAAAUAGUAUUUAAUUUCUAUGCCUAAAUAUAUCCAUUUUUUCGUUUGAAAUAUAAUUGGUAACAUUUGUUUAACAGAUCUGCUGGGCCAUUGGAUCAAUUAGUGGUGCUAUGCACGAAGAUGAUGAAAAGAGAUUUUUAGUAACAGUUAUUAAGGUGAAUAUUUUGAUCACUGAAAUUUUAACACUUAUACCACCAUAUUGUUUAUUUAUUUAUAUUUUUUGUGUGUGCUGAAAAUCAUACAAUGAUGCAUAUUGAUUUUUAAUUUUGUCAAAUAUAUUUUUUUUCUUUAUUCUUUCUAGGAUUUGUUGGGUUUAUGUGAACAGAAAAGGGGUAAAGAUAAUAAAGCCAUCAUUGCAUCUAACAUAAUGUAUGUUGUUGGACAGUAUCCUCGUUUUCUAAGGGCACAUUGGAGAUUUUUAAAGACGGUGGUCAACAAACUUUUUGAAUUUAUGCAUGGUAAAUAUUCCCAGUUUGCUAUAUUCCAAUUUUUGUUGUUGUAAUGCUAUAUUAUGUCUCGGACAGAAACUAAGAAAGCGUAACUGUGCGUUACCUCGUUAUUCUAUUUAUUUAAAAAUAAUUAAUUGGGAAGAAUUUUAAUAGUUUACUCUUGAAUCAUGGAAACCAUUAAAUCUAUAAUUUUUGUAAAUACCAUAAAGUAAAGUUUAACUGGUUAUUUUAAUUUUUUGCAGUUUUAAGAAAUAAUCCUAAAAAUUCAAGAUGUAUUUUUAUGUAAAUAAGGUCUAGAUUGCUGCCAUAUUCUUAGUGUUACUUAAUUUUAUAAUGAUUUGAUAAGGGGAAAUAAUUUAUUAUAUAAUUAUGCAAGCAAAAAGGCUAUGUUUAUCAGUCUUAACAAAAUUUUAAUUCAUUAUCGGUUUUUGAUAGUUUUAAUUGGGUUUGUUGUACAUGUACCAUUCAAAAAGUAACCCAACUAAUUUUUUUAUCUACAGAGACUCAUGAUGGUGUUCAAGACAUGGCAUGUGAUACUUUUAUAAAAAUAGCCCAAAAAUGUCGGCGUCAUUUUGUACAGGUGCAAGUAGGGGAAGUUAUGCCAUUUAUUGAGGAAAUUCUUAAUGGAAUUAACACAAUUAUCUGUGAUUUACAGCCACAGCAGGUUUGUUACUUUAUUUUACUUCAUAGUUUAUUUUAAAUGUUCAGAUUUUGUAGUCAGUUUCUUUUUUUCAUUAAUGCAAUGCUCAUUUAUUACUUAGCUAAAUUCAUAAAUUGUUUCAGGUGCAUACGUUUUAUGAAGCUGUUGGUCUGAUGAUAGGUGCUCAAGUUGAUCAGGUGGCUCAGGAACAUCUAAUUGAACGCUACAUGUUACUGCCAAAUCAGGUAUUCCAUUUUAAAAAAUUGUUUCUUUUUUAAAAAAACUAUUUCAAAAGUUAAAUUUGUAGCUAAGUUUUCGAUAUACUUCCAAAAUAAGUGUUGCAAUAACCUUUAUAUAGUUUGGUGGGUUUUUUUUUGGAGGGGGGGGGUGUGUUUGCUGUCGUAAAAUCAGACCUAUUCGUCUAUUUCUAGUUGACCACUUGCAUGAAACACUUUCAUUUUGUAUUAAAAUUCUGUUUUGCUGAAUACUAUGCUUUAUCGUCUUUAAAUUAAACUUUGUUUUGAAUAUUUUGUAUCAGGUGUGGGAUGGCAUCAUCAACCAGGCGACACACAAUGUUCAGGUGCUUAAAGAUCCAGAAGCUGUUAAACAGCUGGCAAACAUCUUAAAGACUAAUGUAAGAGCUUGCAAAGCUUUGGGGCAUCCCUAUGUAGUUCAGCUUGGCCGUAUCUAUCUGGAUAUGUUAAAUGUAUACAAGGUUAGUUGACUGUUUUAUAUGUGGGUGUUAAAUAGAGUAAUGUCCUAUAUAUAUAUAUAUAGUAUUAACAAUUUAAAUUUCAGUAAUUUUUUUGUAUUGGCUAAAUUUAAAACACCUCCAUUUUUUUUUACUAGGUUAUGAGUGAAAAUAUUAGUAGUGCCAUUGCCACAAACGGAGAGAGUGUAACCAAACAGCCACUGAUUAGAUCUAUGAGAACCGUUAAAAAAGAGACACUCAAGUUGAUCUCUGGAUGGGUCAAUCGAUCCAAUGAUCCUCAAAUGGUAAGUAACAGCUAAUAGUUGUCUAUGAGAGGUUCUGAGUUAUUAUUUAGAGUUGUUGAUUGAUUCAUAUAGCUUAAAUGUAACAUUACAUUAACUUAUUGAUGACAUUAAUGACCUUAAGUAAUUCAAUAAUUCAGUGGGGGUUUUUUAUUCUCUCUUUAGGUAGCUGAUAACUUUAUAUUGCCCCUAUUGGAGGCUGUGUUGCUGGAUUAUCAAAGGAACGUUCCAGCUGCCAGAGAGCCAGAAGUUCUUAGCACAAUGGCUACCAUUGUCAAUAGUCUAAAGGUACAGCAUUAACUUUUCUGUUCAACAAGCAUUUAACUUAAAUUAUAAUUUUUUUCUUAUUUUUUUUUUAGAGAGAAAGCUAAAUCUGGUGCUAUAAUACUAUGAUGAAUUUUUUUUUUUUCCCCAUUUCUUUUCAGUCUCACAUAACCAAGGAUAUCCCACAAAUUUUUGAUGCUGUUUUUGAAUGCACUCUGACUAUGAUCAACAAGGUAAAGAUAUAGAUUUUUACCUUAAGUAGAUAAGUAUUUGUUAUUAAUUGUGUCUUUACUUUUAAUAAUUUCAUAAUAAAAUGUUAACCUUCCAAAUUUUUACUUAGAAUUGUUUUCUUUUCGUUAGGAUUUUGAAGAGUUCCCUGAACACAGAACAAAUUUUUUCUUGUUAUUGCAAGCUGUCACACAACAUAGUUUCCAAGGUCAGUUUUUCUAUUUAAAACAACAUAUUUUUAUAUGUUAAUUAGCCCAUGCGUUAUUUAUUAUUCCUUCAUGAACAAAAUAUUUUUAAAAAUUGUUUCAAGUUUUUAAAUUAAAUAGUGCAUUAAAGAAUUUAAAACGGGUGGGCAAUCCAAAAGGCUUUGUGGGCUGCAUGUCAUUAUAUCCAAAGUUAUUUUUAUUUGUUUUUCAAACUCCCACUACGUGCUGUUUGUCUUUUUUAAGUGCAUAAUAAAAUGCUAAAUGAACAGAAUAAAAUUAAACUUGUGUAGUAUUAUUUUUCUUUUGUAUUUUUGAAUUGACUUUUCAGGUGAAUGGAGAGGGAGUAACUUUUUUUGUGUUAAAUAAAAAUAUAAUUUAAAUUGCACUUUCUUUUUGGUCAAACAAAUGAGGUUUUUAAAGAACCAUUUUACUUUGCUAUAUCCAGAUAUUGAUAUUGUUCUGAAAUCAUGGCCAUUUAUACUUAAUCUUUAAUUCUAUUUUCUUUAACAGCUUUGCUGAACAUACCUCCAGCUCAGUUCAAACUGGUUCUGGACUCUAUCAUUUGGGCUUUCAAGCACACAAUGCGCAAUGUUGCGGACACUGGCUUGGAUAUUCUUUAUGUUUUGCUUCAGAACAUUUCACGAGAAGAAGGAACAGCACAGAGCUUUUAUCAGACAUACUUCACAGACAUUCUUCAACAUUUGUUUUCAGUUAUAACUGACAGUUCUCAUACUGCUGGUAUGCUCAUUAUUAGUGGAAGUUUAAUGAUCAAUCAAUUGAUUUUUGCAUUAUUUAUAAUUCGAUUUGAUAACAAUACUUCAAACAUGGGUACUUAGGAGGAAAUACAAUUUUUAUUUCAAGACUUAAUGAUUUUAAUUAUAUAAGAAUUUAGUUGCAAUUUAGUUGUAAUUUUAUUGGAUUUUGGAUCUUAAAUAAAAAUAAAAGAUUAUUCUUUGACAGGUCUCACAAUGCAAGCUACUAUUUUGGCGUAUAUGUUCAACCUGUUAGAGCAUGGGAAAAUCACAGUGCAGCUAAAUCCUAAUAUGCCAGCUGCACAAAACAUUGUUUAUGUGCAGGAAUUUCUACUUUCUCUUCUCAAGACUGCAUUUCCUCAUCUUAAUGAGUAUGUAUCAGUUAAGAUUAUUCUCAAAUACUUUAUCGUAUUUCUUAAUUUUGGAUGUAAGGAAUCUGUUUAGGGGAAUAAGAUCCAACACUUUCUUUCCUUCUCUAUGAGCAAGGUCAGUUUUAGGGCUUAUGAGCGCAAAAGUAACAUACUGGGACAAUUCUUAACAGAAAUUGGUAUUAACUAAAAGUUGAAGUUCAUGUCUGAUAUAUUGAACAGUCUCACCUUGUACUAUUCGAAUUGUUAUGUUGUUUUUAAGAGAAGGAAAGAACGUAAUAAAGUUAUAGUUGAUUAUAUUAAAUAUUGGAAACAGUUAAGCUUCAAAUUUAAGAGCAAUGGCACUUUCUUUUACCAGGCAGCAGAUCAAGAUUUUUAUAGAGGGUCUUUUCAGCUUUGAUCAGGAAUGUAAUGCCCUGAAAGAACACUUAAGGGACUUUUUGGUCCAAAUAAGAGUAAGUAUUUUAACAUGAGUGGCAUGAAAGGUUAAAGUCCUUUCUUUAAAUAUAUUUUUCAACAAAAAUAUGUCAUGACAUUUAUUCAAAUAUAUUUUAUGUAUUUUUUUGUUUACAUUUCUAAUGCUUUGCUUGACUUUAAUAUUUUUUCCAUCUCUUUCACUUUAAAAAAGAAAAUUAAUCAUUUUUCUCCUUUAGGAAUUUGCUGGAGAGGAUAUGGAUGAUCUAUUCUUGGAGGAAAGGGAAAAUGCUAUCAGGAAUGCUCAGGAUGAGAAACGCAAACAGCAAUUGGCAGUGCCUGGUAUUGUUGGCCCCCACGAAGUACCAGAGGAGAUGCAGGAUUAAAAAUGACUUUUUUGGAGAGAUAGCAUUUAUAGGCACAUUGGGUGUGUGACCACUCUUUGCCAUCUAACAGGAUAUAUAUGUGCAUGUGUCAACCACAGAUACAUUUUCUUUUUGACAAUGGUGUUCAGCCUUUUAGGUUUUAAUCCGUACAGUAGAUGUACUAAUUAUAUAAAUGUACACAUUUCAAUAGUUUAAUCAGCAGUUUCUUGAAACUCUCGUAAACCAGGAAUAUUUUUUCGUGUCAUUGGCUGUCUCUCCUUAGCUUAGGCUGUAAGUACCCAUAGUUUAAUAAUGAUUGUGUUAGUUUUUUUGGGUUUUUUUUUUUUACUUUUAUGUUGGUUUAUUUUAUCAGUGUUAGACAUCCACCCCAUAACCUAUUUUUCAUUCACAAUUAACUAAUGAAACUCAGUUUGACAUAUACUAAUUCAGUGAAAUAUUUUAUUUCAUUAUUUCUGGUUUCUUUAUUUUGCUCUCCUUGACCAUCUACUAAAACAUCCUGAAACUUGGUACUACAGCUUGCAUAUGUCUACAGCAUUUUCAUAGUCUAGCAGCAAUACAUUAAUUUUUUUGAUCUGAUACACUUUUAUAUCGUUUUCCCCCAUUAUUAGAAAGUCCAUUCUGCCUAUAUGUAUAUAUUGUAAAUAUGUUUCAAUGUCCAAAGCUUGCUUAUUUAUGAAAUUGUUUCUGUCUUGUUAGAGACCUUUGAAUUAUAAUUGUCAUAGUUUAGCUCAUGUGGUUGUCAUCCCUAUUGUGUUUGGUAACAAGAGGACAUUUUAGAGCUCCUUUACCACCCUGAGUAAUGCAUUGAAUGAAGACAGCUGCAUAUGCUCUUGUCAUUAAAUCUGAUCUGGGCAUACCUAUGUGUCUGUGAUCUCUGAUCAAGCCAGUAAUCUAGUCGUGACUAACCUUUGUUGAUGAUAACUUAUGUCUUCAUUACUUUGUAAUGCAUUUGUUUUGUAAGCUAAGAAUCAUUUUCAGAAUCAUAUUACCCAAAAUGUUAAUGAUUUAUGAUAGGAAUUUCCAUGUGAAUUCUUUAGUCACUAUGACAAUCAGAGAUACCAUAACAUUUGUGGCACAUUUGUUACUACUCAGCUUCUUAUGGUAUUAUUUUCAAUCAUUUGUCUAAUACUGUACAAAUAAUUAUUUUGGUGCUGAUUGGAUCUUGGCAUUUUGUAGUAAAUGUUAAUGAAUAUGUGAAUGUACAUAACUAAGUAUGACAAAUAAUUUUCCCAGUGUGAAAUAUAACUUCUGAAUGAUUUUUGUAUGGCAUUGUUUUAUAGUUUAGUUGCUAGAAAAUAUAUUAAGUGCUGUAGAAUGGGCUGUCAAAGAAAAGCUCCGUAAUUUUAUUUUCCUUUCAAUUGCAUUGCAAAGAAGUCCAGACUUUGGUCCAGCUAUUUGUAUAUGACAAAUGUUUUUUUUAAAUAUUUCAUGAUAUCCGCUAUUUUGGUACGGUAUAUGGGGUUAGAGCAAAUCAGCAUUAUUAAAGAAAAAAUUAUUUCUUUUUCAGAUGUUCAUUUAAGAAGUGCAAAGUUGAUAUUUUCUAUGGCUCUUUUUUUCCUUUUCUCUAGGGUAAUAUUAAAUUAGAUUAUUUUGAUACCUACACAGAAGGUUAAUAGAUUUGUAACUUUUUAAAAAAAUUAGCUUAAUGUGAUUCUAAUUGGGACUGGCAGUGUUAAAUGCUUGUGUUGUUGAUCAUGUUCAAGUAUUAUAGUUUCACAUCACUUUAUGUGAUCAAACUGUCCGAUCUAUUAUUGUUAUACAUAUUUAUUUAUCAGGUCUCAAAUCUAGUUUCAUAUGAAGGCAAACAGCCUUAUGUACAGUUUAAUGCUUUGAUUUUCAACAUUUUUUCAAAUUUCAGUCCAUAAGUACUAUGUACUUGCAUACAAAUUUUUCAUAACUCACCUAGCAAUACCUUGCAGCAUGUAGGAAGCAAUUUUCAACCUGUACAGUGAUCUGUUCUUCAUUACCAUGUAUUGUUUGCUAUCCAAUAACACUUGUUGCCAUCUGUGUGGAAUUAGAUUUUUUUUAAAGAUGAGAAUAAACGUUUUUAACAUGA